AUGAAAACCCUCGGCGUCCCAAGACGAGCCGUUAAGCCAUGGCACGUCUUUGCGGUGCUGGCGACGAUAGCGGUCGUCGUCGUCGUCGUCGUAGUCACUCCCACGGCUAUAUUAGUACCCAGACGGAAUCGCGACAGGGCUAUCGAGGAGGACAAGAGGACCCCAUCGCGACCGGACAUCGCCCGCGUGAACCUGGGAUACGCGCAGUACCAGGGCUCGCUUGUGGGCCGCGAUGGCGGCGUCGCGGAGUACCUCGGCAUGCGGUAUGCGGCGCCGCCGACGGGGGAGCGUAGAUGGCGGGCUCCGAUCGAGCCGGAGGUGGACGAUUCGGGGGACCAGGCGGCUGAUACGUUCGGCCCUAUUUGUCUGGGCAUCUCGGCGCCGUAUCCUAACGACGGAGCCCAAGAUGAAGAUUGUCUGUACGUCAACGUAUGGGCGCCGGCUAACGCGACAGUCGACUCUAAGCUGCCCGUGUGGCUGUUCAUCCAGGGCGGAGGCUACACCACCAACAGCAACGCCAACUGGAACGGCACCGCCGUGGUCGAGCGCUCGGGCCGCAACAUAGUCCUGGUCAACUUCAACUACCGCGUCGGGCUCUGGGGCUUCCUGGCGAGCGAGCGCGUGCGCGGCAGCGACGGCGACGGCGCGGCGGGAGACUUGAAUACCGGGCUCCGGGACCAGCGCGAGGCUAUGCGCUGGGUCCGGCGGCAUAUCGCGCAGUUCGGGGGCGAUCCGGCGCACGUCGUGAUCCACGGGGCGUCGGCUGGGGCCGGCUCCGUCGCGCUGCAUUUGCUUAUUUCGUAUGCGGAGGGCGGGCAGACGCUGCGCGGGAACGGCACCAGUAGUAGUGGUAGUGGUAGUGGUAGUAGUGACGAUCUCUUCGUAGGCGCUAUCGGGGAAUCCCCCUUCUUCCCCGCGCAGCCGACCGUUGCGGAUCUCGAGUGGCAGUUCGACAUGGUGCUCUCGCAGACGGGGUGCAGCGACGACGACGACGACGACGAAGAUGCAAUGUCGUGUCUCCGGAGCAAAGACACCGCCACCCUCCAGCAAUCCGCGAAUAUCCCCUCCCCGUUCCCCGGACGCCCGGGUCUUCCCGCGCCACUACCCCUAUUCUACUGGACGCCCUGCGUCGACGGCUCUCUCCUCCCGGACUCGCCCUCCGUCCUCUUCUCCCAGGGCUCCUUCGUCGACGUGCCCCUCAUACUAGGCACCACCACCAACGAAGGCACCGUCUUCGCGCCCGCCGACGCAGCCAGCUCAGACGCCAUGACGCUGUUCCUGCAGAACAACUACCCGCGCCUCUCCGCCGCCCAGGCCAGCGCCGUCCCCUCCAUAUACCCGCUCCAAGCCGCCGUCCCCCUCCACGCGUCCUGGUUCCCCUCCGCGGCAACCGCCUACGGCGAGGCGACCUUCAUCUGCCCGACGAACACCCUCCUCGCCUCGUAUGCCCCCCGCCGCGCCUGGAGCUACCGGUACGACGUCUACGACGCGAUGAACGCGGCGAUGGGGUUGGGCGUGCCGCAUAUAUGGGAGUCGUGGGCCGUGUUUGGGCCGGAUAGCCAGCAGGGGCCGGGGCGCGGGCCGGCGAGCUAUUAUAACGAGGCUGCGGCUGCGGGUGUGGUGCCGUGGGUUAUGGACUACUGGAUCUCGUUUGUGCGGACUUUGGACCCGUCUGCGUUGCGGACGCCCGGGGCUCCGGUGUGGGAGUUGUGGGAUGCGGAGGGGGGCGGGAAUGGUAAUGGUACUGGUAGUGGUGGUGAGAGAUUACUCAUGCAGGUGGGCAACUUCUCCAUGGAGACGGUGCCGGAGGACCAGUGGGAAAGAUGUGAUUUUUGGAAAGGGCUGGCGCCUGCGCUGCAGCAAAGGAAGAGAGUUCAAUGA